AUGGAGCCCAUCACCGGAUCCUGCCUGUGCAAGGGGGUCCAGUACUGCAUCCCGAGCAAGACCUCGCAGUGGCUCCGCUGCCACUGCUCCAUGUGCCGGAAGGCCAUCGGCGCCGAGCACUGCACCUACUUCGCCGUGCCCCUGGCCAAGGUCGAGUUCAAGAGCAAGGACACCCUCAAGACCUUCAGGAGCUCCGAGGACGCCGAGAGGUCCUUCUGCAGCAACUGCGGGUGCUCGGUCUGCAUGAAAUACGGCGUGGAGAAGAACACGAUCUGGUUCAACGCCGCCACGCUCGACUCCAAGGUGUCCGUGGUCGACCCGCACCAGAUCUUCACCAAGGACAAGUUCGAGUACCUGGACGUCAUGUCUCAGGCCCAUGGCACUCCCGACAUAUCCGCAUGGGUGAUGGACAGUGCCAAGACCUUGGUUUAG